AUGCAGGAGGUGGAGUGUAUAGAGGAACACAGGGGUCUGUACAAGGACGUGAUGAUGGAGAGUCACCGGCCCCUUAUAUCACUGGAUAGACCCAGUAACAGAGAUAUCUCAGAGAGAUGUCCCCGUCCUCUGUAUUCCCAGGACUGUACAGAGGAGUAUCACAGGAUCCCACAGGAGGAUCAGGGUGAAGCCAAAUUAAAUAAUAUUAAAAUCAAAGAUACAGAGGGAGAAGAAGAGACGUAUGUGACUGAUAUAAAGGCAGAAGAUACAGAGGGAGAAGAAGAGACGUAUGUGACUGAUAUAAAGGCAGAAGAUACAGAGGGAGAAGAAGAGACAUAUGUGACUGAUAUAAAGGCAGAAAGUAUAGAGGGAGAAGAAGAGACGUAUGUGACUGAUAUGAAGGCAGAAGAUAUAGAUGGAGAAGAAGAGACGUAUGUGACUGAUAUAAAGGCAGAAGAUAUAGAGGGAGAAGAAGAGACGUAUGUGACUGAUAUAAAGGCAGAAGAUAUAGAGGGAGAAGAAGAGACGUAUGUGACUGAUAUAAAGGCAGAAGAUAUAGAGGGAGAAGAAGAGACAUAUGUGACUGAUAUAAAGGCAGAAGAUAUAGAGGGAGAAGAAGAGACGUAUGUGACUGAUAUAAAGGCAGAAAGUAUAGAGGGAGAAGAAGAGACGUAUGUGACUGAUAUAAAGGCAGAAGAUAUAGAGGAAGAAGUAGAGAUGUAUGUGACUGAUAUAAAGGCAGAAGAUAUAGAGGAAGAAGAAGAGAUGUAUGUGACUGAUAUAAAGGCAGAAGAUAUAGAGGGAGAAGAAGUGACGUAUGUGACUGAUAUAGAGACAGAAGAUACAGAGGGAGAAGAAGAGACGUAUGUGACUGAUAUAAAGGCAGAAGAUAUAGAGGGAGAAGAAGUGACGUAUGUGACUGAUAUAAAGGCAGAAGAUAUAGAGGGAGAAGAAGAGACGUAUGUGACUGAUAUAAAGGCAGAAGAUCUAGAGGGAGAAGAAGAGACGUAUGUGACUGAUAUAAAGGCAGAAGAUAUAGAGGGAGAAGAAGAGACGUAUGUGACUGAUAUAAAGGCAGAAGAUAUAGAGGGAGAAGAAGAGACGUAUGUGAGGGGUGAUCAGCAGUGUAAGGAGGAGGAGAUCCCUACAGAUAUCACAGCCUUUCUUCAUUGA